CACUAUCACAACAAAACAAAACAUCUGUUUUUUUUUUUUUUUUUCUUUCUUUUUUUUUUCCCUAUCUAUCUGUCUGAAAUGAUAUCUCAUUCUUUUUGUUUCAUGAUAAACGUGUUCAUUACUUGAGCGUUUAUAAAAUUUUACGAAUCUACCUUCAAAAAAAUGAAAGCAAAAUAUUUUGUUGGCGUUGAUGUGGGAACUCAAAGUGUACGAGCUGGACUAGUUGGAGUAGAUGGAUCAGUUGCUAAAAUUGCUACUUUGCCUAUAACAACAUGCAAUCCAUAUGUUGACAUGUAUGAACAAUCUGCUGAUGAUAUAUGGGAUCUUUGUGUCCAGUCUAUUAAACAAGUCAUAAAAGAUAUUGAUCCUUGUGUCAUUGGAGGCAUAGGAUUUGAUGCCACUUGCUCAUUAGUUGCUUUAGAUAAGGAAAUGAAGCCAUUAAGUUUAAGUAAAACAGGAAAUCCUGAUCUCAAUAUUAUCCUUUGGAUGGAUCAUAGGGCUAUAGAUGAAGCCAACAUUAUUAACAAUUCAUGCCAUAAAGUGUUACAAUUUGUCGGGGGUAAAAUAUCACCGGAAAUGGAAAUUCCAAAAAUUUUGUGGAUUAAGAAGAAUAUGCCACUUCAGUGGUCCAAGGUCGGUUAUUUUUUUGAUUUACCAGAUUACCUCACUUGGAAAGCAACUGGUAGUUUUCAGAGAUCAUUAUGUUCCUUGGUAUGUAAAUGGACUUACCUCGCUGGAGAUUUAGUGAAGGAAGGUUGGCAAGAUGAUUUUUUCCAUGAAAUUGGUCUCAGUGAUUUGCUUGAUAUGAACUAUAACAAAAUUGGUUCUGAGGUAUUAGAACCAGGACAAUUAUGUGGACAAGGUUUAAAUGAAGAUGCAGCCAAAAGCUUGGGUCUAAAAACUGGUACUCCAGUUUCUAUAUCAAUUAUUGAUGCACAUGCUGGUGGUCUAGGUGUGCUUUCUUGUUCAAGUACUAUUGAUAUGGGAAAUAUUGAACAGCGUCUUGCUCUAAUAUGUGGUACAUCUACUUGUCAUAUGAAGGUCAACAAAACACAGUUAUUUACUUCAGGAGUGUGGGGUCCUUAUUUUUCGGCAAUGAUACCUGGAUAUUGGUGUAGUGAAGCUGGUCAAAGUGCUGCCGGAGCUCUACUAGAUCAUGUCAUCAACUCUCACCCAGCAUCGGCUGCUCUAAAAGAGCAAAUCGUUCUUCAUAAUGAUGGCAGACAUAUAACUGAUUUGCUAAAUGACCUAGCCAUAAAGUUAACCAAAGAGAAACAACUUAAAUCCUUAGCUUUUCUAACAUCCGAUUUCCAUGUCUAUCCUGAUUAUCAUGGAAAUAGAUCUCCUAUUGCAAAUCCCAAUCUGAAAGGAAUGAUAUGUGGUCUAACUUUAUCAAGUGAAGUUAAUGACUUAAUAAUGCAGUAUAUUGCUACUGUUCAAGCAUUGUCGUAUAGCACUAGGCAUAUAAUCAGUGCUCUUGAAAAUAGUGGACACACGAUCAAAUCUCUGUUUGUCUGUGGUGGUCUCUCAAAGAAUAAAUUAUAUGUUCAAAUGCAUGCUGACAUUACAGGAUUACCAGUAAUAAUUCCAUUAAACUCUGAGCCUGUAAUAGUUGGUUCUGCAAUCUUAGCUGCAAGUGCUGCUAAAUACUAUCCUUCGGUCUUGUCAGCUAUGUCUUCUAUGUGUGGUGCUGCCACAGUUAUAAAACCCAAUAUUGAAGAUAAAAAGUUCCAUGACAAAAAGUAUCAAGUUUACUUGUCAUUGUUAAAAUGCCAAGAAAAAAUUGUUGAAAUUAUGACAAAGUGAUUGUUUUGCCAACAAAAUGAUACUCAAACAGAAGAUUUAUUUAUAUUCCUAUAUAUUUUUGUAAAAGAAUCUAAAAAUUACUUUAAAUUUGUUUCUAAUAUAAAUCUUACUAAAAAAACUGACAAAUAACUCAAGAUCUUAUUGUGUGUUACAAAAUAAUGAACAAUGUGACUUCCAAAUGUCUUUCAGUAAUAAAAAAAAAAAAAAACAAAGAUGCAUUUUUAAUGCAAAGAGAUUAUAGUAUUUGUUUGCAUAUAAAGUUAACAAUAAAGUCUCAGAAACAUAAGAUCUUUAAA